UGGGUCUCACCGGGGCCCACCUUCCCCCGUUCCAGAGCUGUGCGGGUCCCCGUCCGGCUUGGCCGCGCUCGGGGAGAGGCUGCCAUGUCCCUGCCCGAGUGGCACAUCGCCGUGAAGCUGGCGGAGCAGCCGCUGGCUCCCAAAUCCAUCCUGCACCUCCCGGAGACGGAGCUGGGCGAGUGCCCGCUGGGCGGCUGCAGCAUCUCCCACCUCAAGCAGCUCAUCACCGGGAAGCUGCAGGAAUCCAUCCCGGACCCCGAGCUCAUCGACCUGAUCUACUGUGGCCGGAAGCUGAGGGAUGACCAGACCCUGGAUUUUUAUGGCAUCCAGUCCGGCUCCACCGUCCAUGUCCUGCGCAAGUCCUGGCCUGAGCCUGAUCAGAAACCAGAGCCUGUGGAUAAGGUGGCAGCAGUCCGGGAAUUCCGUGUUCUGCACACUGCUCUGCACAGCAGCCCUGCCUACAGAGAUGCUGUCUUCAAAAUGCUGGGAAACAAGGAGUCACUGGAUCAGAUCAUUGUAGCCACUCCUGGCCUCAGCAGCGACCCUGUUGCUUUGGGAGUCCUGCAGGAUAAGGAUCUCUUUUCAGUGUUUGCAGACCCCAACAUGCUGGACACGCUGAUCCCAGCUCACCCUGCCCUUGUGAAUGCCAUUGUCCUUGUCCUGCACUCAGUGGCUGGCAGCACCCCGCUCCCAGCCCCGGAGACAUCCUCCCGAGCCAUGUCCUCUGGCUCCUACCGGGACAUGCCAGGUGGCUUUCUCUUUGAAGGUCUCUCUGAUGAUGAAGAUGACUUCCACCAGAGCACGAGGUCCACACCGUCCAGCAGCACUUCUGGCUCCCGCCCGGCCUCCCUGGGCUACACGGGGGCUGCGGGACCGCGGCCCAUCACCCAGAGCGAGCUGGCGACGGCGCUGGCGCUGGCCAGCACCCCGGAGAGCAGCUCCCACACACCCACCCCUGGCACCCAGGGUCAUUCCUCUGGGACAUCCCCGAUGUCAUCCAGUGUCCAGUCAGGAACACCCAUCACCAACGACCUGUUCAGCCAGGCCUUACAACAUGCCCUGCAGGCCUCAGGGCAGCCCAGCCUGCAGAGCCAGUGGCAGCCACAGCUCCAGCAGCUGCGAGACAUGGGAAUACACGAUGAUGAACUAAGUCUCCGAGCCCUGCAGGCCACUGGUGGGGACAUUCAGGCUGCCCUGGAGCUCAUCUUUGCUGGUGGGGCUCCCUAAAUUUUUGGCUGGACUGGGACAAGACUUUAGGACUCUGUCCAGCAUGGAGAAAGGAAGAAGUGGCUUUGUGUUGGAGAGACGUGACCCCUUCAGUUCUGCAAUCUUUGGUCUGUCUACGUGUUCUCCUGCCUGUUGUUUCAUUCCUGCCCACCUGAUAUGCCUCAGUCCACCUUUCUGUGCUCCCUCUAUUAAAUGGGCUGUAUUCCCUU